GUUGACCUUCCCCUCUUCUCCCGCAACACUCGCACUGAGGUGACACCGCAGGCCACCGCACAUGAACUGCUGCUGGGCUUGACUGAGUCGGCCAGACAAUCCCCUCUUUCAUGGCUGUGGCACGCAAAAUCAAAACUUUGCUGACCGUCAACAUCCUGGUGUUUGUGGGGAUUAUCCUCUUCUCGGUGUACUGCAGGAUCCAGGACCGAUCCGAGGAGCUCAUCCAGAUAGGGCGUAUUUCAGACCAGAGGCUGCGAGCCAGGAAUGGAAAAGUUUCCAACUUGGUGGACAGGCAGUCCAUUCUGCAGAGGCUGGAGAGGCUGGAGGAUGUGGUCUACAACCAGCUGAACGGCUUGGCGAAGCCCAUGGGGCUGGUGGAGGGACCCGGAGGCCUGGGCCAGGGGGGGGCCGCUGCCACUCUGGGAGAGGACAGCCGCGAUGCCGAGGGCAAGUACGAGGAGUACGGCUACAACGCUCAGCUCAGCGAUCGCAUCUCCCUGGACAGGACCAUCCCGGACUACAGGCCCAAAAAGUGUAAGCAGCUGACGUACCCAGAGGACCUUCCCCAGAUCUCCGUGGUCUUCAUCUUCGUGAACGAGGCCCUGUCGGUGAUCCUGCGCUCCGUUCACAGCGUGGUCAACCACACACCCGCUCACCUGCUCAAAGAGAUCAUCCUGGUGGACGACAACAGCGACAGUGUUGAGCUCAAAUUCAACUUGGACCAGUAUGUGAACAAACGCUACCCCGGCCUGGUGAAGAUUGUGAGGAACAGCAAGCGGGAGGGCCUAAUCCGAGCCAGAAUACACGGCUGGAACGCCGCCACGGCUCCUGUCGUCGGCUUCUUUGAUGCCCACGUCGAGUUUAACACCGGCUGGGCUGAACCCAUCCUGACCCGGAUGAAGGAGGAUCACACCCGGAUCAUCCUGCCCGCCAUAGACAACAUCAAGUACAACACGUUUGAAGUGCAGCAGUACGCCAACGCCGCCCACGGCUACAACUGGGGUCUGUGGUGUAUGUACAUCAUCCCGCCGCAGGAGUGGCUGGACAAGGGCGAUGAGACGGCGCCUAUCAGAACUCCGGCCAUGAUCGGCUGCUCCUUCGUGGUGGAUCGGGAGUACUUCGGUGAGAUCGGCCUGCUGGAUCCCGGCAUGGAGGUGUACGGAGGAGAGAACAUCGAGCUGGGCAUGCGGGUGUGGCAGUGUGGAGGGAGCAUGGAAGUGCUGCCAUGCGCCAGAGUGGCCCACAUCGAGCGCACCAAGAAGCCCUACAACAAUGAUAUAGAUUACUACGCUAAGCGCAACGCGCUGCGAGCCGCAGAGGUGUGGAUGGAUGAAUACAAAUCCCACGUCUACAUGGCCUGGAACAUUCCCAUGAAUAACCCUGGGGUUGAUUUUGGGGAUGUCUCGGAGCGCUUGGCCUUGAGGAAACGGCUCCAGUGUCGGAGCUUCCGUUGGUACCUGGAACAUGUCUACCCAGAGAUGCGAAUCUACAACAACACAAUCACAUAUGGGGAGGUGAGAAACAGCAAGGCCAGUGGCUACUGUCUGGAUCAGGGCUCUGAGGACGACGACAAAGCCAUCCUCUACCCCUGCCACGGCAUGUCCUCCCAGCUCGCCCGCUACUCCACAGAGGGGCUCCUCCAGCUCGGACCCCUGGGGUCGACCACCUUCCUGCCUGACACAAAAUGCCUCAUUGACGAUGGCAGAGGACGCACGCCCAGUCUGAAGAAAUGUGACGUGGUCUCCAGGAUUUCCCAGAGGCUUUGGGACUUCACGCAGAAUGGCCCGAUCAUCAGCAGGGACACGGGCCGAUGCUUAGAGGUAGAAAUGUCCAAAGACGCCAACUUUGGCCUUCGCCUGGUGGUGCAGAGAUGCUCAGGUCAGAAGUGGAUGAUACGAAACUGGAUUAAGCAUCCGAGGCACUGAAGCCAGAGGAACCGCCUCCGAGACACUUUGGGCUGCGCUUCAGAUCGCGGUUGGAUCUCAAACUGUGGACGGUUCAAAGAGGAGGUGCUGCUGGCGUGGGGUAUUUCACACGGCGCGCUGAGCUCCCCCUCGGGCCGCCGAGCCUUCCAACGCUGAGUCUUAAAGCAGAAAACGAUGCAGUCGUGUGUUCACAGCAGACCUUACAGCGAGCUGCACCGUUUGAAGUGGCCCACAUCUCUGACGCCGCUCAGCUUCAUGUAUAGAACAAGUAACCAGAGCGCGGCCCCCCGAAGGUGGCCCGACUUCUCAGUAAUCAUUUUGUUUCUACUGUAAAGCCACCGGACCUUUGGAGAUGAGACAGAAUGUGGGCGAGCUUGUGUGUUUUGUUCUUUUCUCUUUUUUUUUUUUUUUUUUUUUUUAUUCUGAGCGCAUCUGAGCAAAUCAAAAGAUAUAAUUGCCAUCAAUUGCCACAUUACAGUGAUUAUUUUAGGUUGCGGUUUGGAAAAUUGCUUUGGAGAUAAUGUGCAGCCCAGGAAGGACAUGUUCAUCGGCUUCAAAGGGGGCCGGAUGGGCACGAGACGGGGAGGCGUUUCACCUGCACUCACACAGACCACUGCAGUUCUUUGUUUGGACGGCAUUGCUCACCGUGACCGGGAGCAAUCAUGUGCCUUUUUUCCCUUUUCCUUUUUUAUUUUUUGCUUCAUCUGACCAGGGAAUGUCAGUCCCAAAAGCAUGUACAAAAUUAUUUGAAAGUUAUUAAUAUAUAAAACAAUGUAUAAAACAGUCUAAUGAUGAGUAAUAUAUUGUAAAAAGUGGAAAAUUGAUAUCCGUCCUCUGAUAACAAUUAGGAUAAUAAAACCAUUUUUAUGA